AGAACCGUCCCCUACCUGUUCAUGCUGCCCGAGAUCGUCUUCGGGGCCUGGGUCUGGAUCCUCGUUGCUGCUACGUCCGUCUCGUUCCCACUACUGCAGGGCUGGGUGAUGUAUGUGUCCCUAACCUCCUGCCUCCUCUCCCUGCUGCUCCUUUUAAGUUACCUCUUCGGAUUCCACAGAAACAGCGAGAACUGGAGAGUGCUGGACAGUUUGUACCACGGUGCCACAGCCAUCCUGUACAUGAGCGCUGCCGUCCUGCAAGCCAACGCGACCAUCAACUCCGAGGACGGCCCCAACGCGCCGCUGAACUACCAGCUCAACACCGCUGCCUCGUUCUUUGCCUUCCUCACAAGCUUCCUGUACAUCCUUCAUGCCUUCAGCAUCUACUACAAGUGA